AAAUUAAUGAAUAACUCAAGAUCAUCUGCUAGAAAGGGAACCAAUAAUCUCCCAGUUUAAACUGGAGAUAUCGAGGAAUACAUGUAAGAUUCUCAAUCAAACCUAGAUAAAUAUUAUAUGAGCAUCAAAAGAGCUGCGAAAAGGCUGGAAAAUAUUUAGAAGCUGAUCAAGCAAAAAAAAGACUUGCUGAAUUAAAAAAAGAAUUGGAUCAAAAGAAUAAAUAUGAAGUCAAGGAUAGACAUACUAAUGAAAAAUAGGAGAUCGAGAAGGCCCAUCUUGAUGAAUUUAAUCAAUUUAACGAAUUCUGGGAUUAAAAAAUGGCUGAAUUCGAUUCAGAAGCUCAAAGAGUUAAAGAAUAAGUCCUACAAAGACACGAUGAAGAGUUGAGAUAAUUUACAGAAGAAUUGGAGAACUCCAUUCCAGUCAAGCCCAAAGACUCAGCUGAAUUACUCAGUUUGAGAAAGACUGAAGAAUCAUUAGCCAGAUAAGAGAAGUAUUAUUUCAAUCCUAUAAUUUAGUUACUAAGAGGCUCAUCUCACUCAAUAAAGAAUACUCUCCAUGGAAAGAGACGAAUAUGAAAAAUGGAAUGCCUCAAGAAUGAGCAAAAUCAGAAAUCUAAUCUCUCAACUUAAACUUAAGUAAACCAAUGAAUUGGGUGCAUUAUAACAAAGAAUCAUAUCUGGAUAGGAAGAAUAAAGGAAGAUUAGAUCUUAAGAAUUGGAGAAGUAUUUUAAAUUAAAAUAUCAUAGAUUACUAUAGAAGUAUUAGAAUGUCCGAAAGGAAUUAACUAGUUAAUAAAACUAGGAGAUUACAAGACUUGAUAAAACAAUGAAGAAUCAAUCCAUUAUGUAAUAGUCUAGAAUGAAUUCUUCUAAAAUGAUGAACUCUCAAAUGAAAAAAGGAGAUGAAGAAAACUUCUAUCUAAAAUGACC